CACCAGGGGGCGUUGCCAUGGAGCUGUCAUCUCGCCCAUCUUUAUCUACAGUCUAUGGUGACAACCAACAACGUUGAGCUUCACAAAACUUGAGAAACAGAAGGAACUAAGUCAUAACAGUUGUUGAAAUCGAGCAGUUAUCAGAUGACAGUGAGGCUGUUUCCCUUCAGAAGCCAUGAGACCUCCGGUGUGUUGCCGGUUUCAUCUUCAUUAGUUGCUCUUCACCUGCCUCAGGUUUGAGUGACAAGAUCCAACGAUUCCAGUAGAUGGCGAGCAUCCCAGCUGGAUUUCCAGGAACCCGGAUCGGAUCUACACUGCCAUCGAGACAGCCGGAUGAACUACCUGCUUUGUGAUACGUACCCGGCUCGUCUCGUGUGUUGUGGCUGUGGAUCCUGACUUGCUGCUAACACUCGCUGGGCUCCAGUGUGCUCCAUGACGCCUCGUACGAGGUCACGCAGAGGACAGCAACCCCACUUCCCAUUUCCCUUUCCAAAACCUCAACCCCCAUCGCUGCAGCGGACCAGCUUCCCAGAAUGCACCUCUCCUCGCCUGCUGACCCCUGGGUCGGCAGCUGUCAAUCACACCCUCAGCUGGCUCUGCAGCUUCUGGACAUAGACUGUGGAGGAUGUGAGGGAGGCCUCUGAGAGGAGCCCUGGCUCUGCAUAUGGGAUCAUCUCUGUGCAUUCAUGGCGGAGCUCAAAAUGGAAUCAAAUGGGGCUUAUGAGGCCUCUCGGCACAAAUGGACCUGGUGUUUACACAUUUGUCCAUCAGCUGAGCAGCGUGCGGCCUCAGGUAUCCAGAGAGAUGGCGAGAUGUCCCCAAAACCAACGGUGCCGCGUCUGAACCUGAGCAGCAGGAGGACGCCAGAGAACUCUCCGAGACUGGAGCACAGCGGCGGAUCCUUCCUCUCCUGCGAUGAGCUGCAGAAACCCUCCUCGCAUCUUCUCCCUCCUCUUCCUCACCGCCUCAGCCUGCGUGGGGACCUGUACGCCGCCGCCAUGGGCCGGUUUGGAGACGCUGCUGCGGACUUUACGCACGGCGCUGCGUCUGCAAACCAGCCAGCCUCACCGUCCAAACACAGCAAGUUCUUGGAGAGUAUAAACCCGGAUCAGAAGGGCAAGCCGGCGUUUUAUGAGAACAACUCGGAGGUCAGAGAGAAAGGAGCUCCGAAGACCAUGGGCUACCCUGGCAUUGGCACAGACUGUUGUGGCAAGCUGAAAGAGCCAGGCAGCGGUUUACAGGUGGACUCUAUCGCCGACUCCAUCGACUUAUCGGGCAAGAACAAGAAGCGGCGCAAUCGCACCACGUUCAGCACCUUUCAGCUGGAGGAGCUGGAGAAAGUGUUUCAGAAGACGCAUUACCCCGACGUGUACGCCCGGGAGCAGCUGGCCCUGAGGACCGAGCUCACUGAGGCUCGGGUUCAGGUUUGGUUCCAGAAUCGUAGAGCCAAGUGGAGGAAACGGGAACGCUAUGGCAAGAUCCAGGAAGUCCGCAACCACUUUGCUGCUACAUAUGAUAUCUCCCUUCUCCCUCGCCAUGAUGCAUACCAGAUGCAGUCCAACCUGUGGCCCGGGGCGGCUUCAGGAGGAGGCGGUGGUUCGGGCGCCGGCUGCGUCCUCGGAGCGGACUCCAUCCCCUCGUCCUGCAUGAGUCCGUACUCUCACCCCCACAGCAAUCUGCAGGGCUUCAUGGGCAUGCCCGCGUCCCCCAACCAUCCCCACCACCACCACCACCCGUCGCACCAUCCGGGCAUCAACGGCCUGUACUCGCUCCACGGCUUCCCAGGAAGCCUCGGGCCCCCUUCCAUCGAGGGUCCUGAGACCGACUACAAGCCGACGGGCCUUGUGGCGCUGCGUAUGAAAGCCAAAGAGCCAGGCAGCAUCCUCUCCUGGCCUACAUGACCCCCAACAACAGUGCCUGCUCCCCAUUAUGCACUGACUGAGCCAAAGCAUAUUACAUUCCUGACCCAUACACACAGUCCCUGAUGUACACACCCAUCUCAGCAUAUGACUCAAAUAAUUCCUCUAAACAUUUAUCGAAGCCAACUUUUCACAAUUCAGACGAUCUUGGAAUAUGAAUUUCAUGAACAUUGAGGGUGAGCCUCUAGCACGAAAACCCAGUGUAUUAAUAGGAACUUUAUUGUUUCCAGUUUUAGUUUGAUAUCACAAUGCUGAGACCAAAGAGGAACAAUUAUUUAAGCAUGUAAAAAUUGUAAUUAUCAUAAUAAUCAGUGUUUUUUUUCUGUCUGUUGUGCUUUGUAGUGUGACUAGUAAUAAAGGCCUCCAUCUAAA